AGCCAAUAGCUGGGGUCCUAUAAACGCCGGGUCCGCGCGCUCUCGGAGGAGAGGUAGCGCCCGCGGGAGUUCAGGUGGAGGGCCGGGGGACCUGAGUGAGUGACGGAGUGAGAGAGGCAGAGUCAGGUGACGGAAGAAGGUAGGAUCGCCGCCGAAGUCUCAAGGACCGGUGCCCGGAGCACAGCCCGAGCCACCAGCGCGAGCCAUGGAUGCCAGCAGCAAGAAGGUGACGGGCCGCCUUAUGAUGGCCGUGGGAGGAGCAGUGCUUGGAUCCCUACAAUUUGGCUAUAACACUGGAGUCAUCAACGCCCCCCAGAAGGUGAUCGAGGAGUUCUACAACCAUACGUGGGUCCAACGCUAUGGGGAGCCCAUUCUGCCUACCACCCUCACCACCCUCUGGUCCCUGUCAGUGGCCAUCUUCUCCGUUGGGGGCAUGAUUGGCUCCUUCUCCGUGGGGCUCUUCGUUAACCGCUUCGGCCGGCGGAACUCCAUGCUGAUGAUGAACCUGCUGGCCUUCUUGGCCGCCGUGCUCAUGGGCUUCUCAAAGCUCGGAAAGUCCUUUGAGAUGCUGAUCUUGGGCCGCUUCAUCAUUGGUGUGUACUGCGGCCUGACCACAGGCUUCGUGCCCAUGUAUGUGGGAGAAGUGUCACCCACAGCUCUUCGUGGCGCCCUGGGAACCCUGCACCAGCUGGGCAUCGUCGUUGGCAUCCUCAUUGCCCAGGUGUUCGGCUUGGACUCCAUUAUGGGCAACGAGGACCUGUGGCCCCUGCUGCUCAGCAUCAUCUUUGUCCCAGCCCUGAUACAGUGCAUCCUGUUGCCUUUCUGUCCCGAGAGCCCCCGCUUCCUGCUCAUCAACCGGAAUGAGGAGAAUCGGGCCAAGAGUGUGCUGAAGAAGCUACGCGGGACAGCCGAUGUGACUCGCGACCUACAGGAGAUGAAGGAGGAGGGUCGGCAGAUGAUGCGGGAGAAGAAGGUCACCAUCCUGGAGCUGUUCCGCUCCCCCGCCUACCGCCAGCCCAUCCUCAUCGCCGUGGUGCUGCAGCUGUCCCAACAGCUGUCGGGGAUCAACGCUGUAUUCUAUUAUUCCACAAGUAUCUUCGAGAAGGCGGGAGUACAGCAGCCUGUGUAUGCCACCAUCGGCUCAGGCAUCGUCAACACGGCCUUCACUGUUGUGUCGCUGUUCGUGGUGGAGCGAGCCGGCCGGCGGACCCUGCACCUCAUCGGCCUGGCUGGCAUGGCUGGCUGCGCUGUGCUCAUGACCAUCGCACUUGCACUGCUGGAGCAGCUGCCCUGGAUGUCCUAUCUGAGCAUCGUGGCCAUCUUUGGCUUUGUGGCUUUCUUUGAAGUGGGCCCUGGUCCCAUCCCAUGGUUCAUUGUGGCUGAGCUCUUCAGCCAGGGUCCCCGCCCUGCUGCUUUUGCUGUAGCUGGCUUUUCCAACUGGACCUCAAAUUUCAUUGUGGGCAUGUGCUUCCAGUAUGUGGAGCAACUCUGUGGUCCCUACGUGUUCAUCAUCUUCACGGUGCUCCUGACGCUGUUCUUCAUCUUCACCUACUUCAAAGUUCCUGAGACUAAAGGCCGGACCUUCGAUGAGAUUGCUUCUGGCUUCCGACAGGGGGGAGCCAACCAAAGUGACAAGACACCUGAGGAGCUGUUCCAUCCUCUGGGAGCUGACUCCCAAGUGUGAGGGGCCCUAACACCACCACACCACCAGCCCGGCUUGCUCCCAGCAGCCCAAGGAUCUCUCUGGGGCAUGGGCAGCUGGAUGAGACUUCCAAACGGACCACUCUCAGCAGAGCCGGGCCUGGGGUUUCUUUCUUCAGCCAGCAAUGAUGUCCGGAAGAAUAUUCAGGACUAUAAUGGCUCCAGGAUUUUAACAAAAGCAAGACUGUUGCUCAGAUCGUUCAGACCAGCAACAGGUUUUAUAAUUUUUUUAUUACUGAUUUUGUUAUUAUUUUUUUAUCAGCCACUCUAUCCUCAUACCCUAGGCUUCACCCUGAAUGGCUGGUGCCUGAGGGUGGGGACCAAGCCCUGUCCAGACACUUGCCUUCUUCACCAAGCUUAAUCUGUAGGGCUGGACCUAUGACCAAGGACACUAAUCGAACUAUGAAUUACGAAGCUUCUACCCUGGGAGUUGGUUGUGACCACCCCCUUCUGCAGGCCUGGAUUCUCCCUGCCAUAGGGGUCAGGCUCCACUGUAGGAUCUCGCCCAUUCCCAUCUCUUCCUACCCAACUACUCAAAUUAAUCUUUCCUUGCCUGAGACCAGUUGGAAGCACUGGAGUGCAGGGAGGAGAGGGGAAGGGCCAGACUAGGCUGCCAGAUUCUAGUCUCCUGUGCACUGAGGGCCAGACGAUCACCACAAGAGAGAAGGGCCUUGGGAGGCUGAGAAAUCACUGCUGAAGAAGACAUGGACACUCCUGCCCUGCUGUGUAUAGAUGGAAGAUAUUUAUAUAUUUUUUUGGUUGUCAUUAUUAAAUACAGACACUAAGUUAUAGUAUAUCUGGACAAACCAACUUGUAAAUACACCAACACUCUUCUGUAACUUACCUAAACAGAUAUAUAAACGGCUGGUUUUUAGAA